CCGAAAAAGUUUCAGAUAUUUCACACGUGGUUAAUUUGUGUACUCAACUACCAUGGCUACUAAACCUUCUCUCUCCACCACCACCGCGGUGCCUGAAACUGCGUCGGUUAAACUAACUCCGAAAAUGGACCCAAUACACGUUUCCAAGACUCAAAGAUUUAUUAAGGUUAUGGGUAGUGGCGUCCCCGUUCCUGAAAACUUCAACACCAGUGGCUUCUUCGACUCUUUCCUUCGGAAUUUCAUCAAAGUCGAUCAAAUCCAACCUGGUCAAGUAUCUUGUACUCUUAUCGUCAAACCACCUAUCUGUAAUGCCUACGGAACACUGCAUGGAGGGACUGUUGCGUCUUUGGUUGAGGUUUUGGCAAUUGCGUGUGCUAGAACUGUAAUUGCGGAAGACAAACAACUUUUUCUUGGGGAAAUGAGUGUUUCUUACCUCUCUGCCACUCCUGUGGAUGUAGAAGUGGUAGCUAAUGCCUCUGUGGUGAAGAGUGGAAGAAAUUUGACUGUAGUUGCGCUUGAAUUUAAAUCGAAGAAAACUGGAAAUUUGCUUUAUCUUACUCAUGCUACCUUCUUUAACAUGCCGGUUUCCAGCUUAUGAUCACUUUAUCGUGAUUCUGCACUGCAGACCUGCAGUUCCAUUUAAUGUAUGUAAUAAUAAUAACAAAAUAAUUUGAAUUAAUUAGGCCGAGUCUUAUCAUAGCCUUUAAAAGUGAACUAGUGGGAUAUUGCGGGUUCAAGCCCGCGCCUCUGCAUCUUAUAUCUUUGUACAACUGUAACACAAAAUAGUUAGUAAAAAUUGCGUGGAAGAAAUAAAAAAACUUCAAUAGAAAAACAACAUGAAAAAUAAACAUGAGAAAUUUGUAAUAUCAAUAUUAUUUGGAUUGCGCUUUCCAAUAUUUUUAUUAUUUUAAUUGUAUGGUUGUUUUUAUUGGAGGAUAUAUGAGGAGCCUUGGAGUUAUCAUCUCCAGUUUCAUUUGAGGAAUUUACAGGUAUUUUAAGAUAUUGAAAUGCUUGAAUUAAAUCACUUCGCUCAUUUUAAGAUUUUGUGCUCGAGGGAUUUUGGAUUGAGAUAAUUUUACUAGAUUAUGAAAUAGGGUAGCUCAUGAAGAAGCAACAAGAACAAAGUAUAUUGACAUUGGGCGAGCGUCCAACACACGAGCAGUAGCCGCACGAAAUAGAACAAUAGGUCGCCCAAAUGGGUUGGAUUACCCGAAGCAAGUCGCCUGGGUUCGAAACCCAUGAUUUGCAUAACUUGUCACAUGUGGCUUAUGAGAUGUAUGAGGAAAAACUGUCUAGGAAGAUCAAUCAAUGAGGAAAACUGCCUCCCGCAUGAUUUAAGGAGAAACAACCUCAUGUGCUCACAAAUAAUUUGAACUUUUGCACAGAAUCAACCCAAUAACCUUUCACAAAAACCUUGAGCGUUUACACAAGAUCAACUCAAACAACAUUGAAUAAAAUACAUAGAGCUUUUAUGCAGGUUUAGCUAAACAACCUUACACCAAAAUUUUUACAGACUUAGUUUGCAACCUUCAAAUUUAUUACUAAAAGAUAACAAGAGAAUUAUGCUCAUGAAUAAACAAUUACAACACAUCACUAUUACAACUCUACUCUUUCAAUACUAAGGCAACUCUAAUGAAAAAUAACUUUAUAAAAGAAUGAGUAGUAUAAAGAUAGGAGAGGAGUUUUGAAAUUAGUAUAACACUUUUUUUGUUGGGAAAAUUCUUGCUCAAAAAGGAAAUAAUCCUUAGGACUUUUGAACUUUUAAUCCUUAGGAAUUUUAUAAAAAAAUAUGAGAAGAUUGCUAUGUUGCUAUGUUGUGAUCCUGAUUAAUCAGAUAAGCUUCUUGAUUAUUUAAGCACUUCAAGACCCACUCUUAAUGUAUUGCUAUGUAUGUUGUGAUCCUGUUUUUGUUGUUGUCUUGCUAUAUAUUGUCGUCGUUUUCACAUUAUAUUUUAUCAAAUGUUUGUAUGGAAGAUUGUUUUAUAUGAUAUUAAUUAAUCUAUGCAGCUAUUCUAAGUGUGCAUUUUUCUCUUGGAGUGUAGAUUGGUGUAUCAGGUUGGAGAAUGUUUAUGAAAACUCAGGUUGGAGUAGCAGUUCUAACAUGUAUUCCAGUGAAGAUAAUUGCACCUUGUGUUAAAGCUAUUAUUGUUUGUAAUGAAUAGUAAGAAAGCCUUUUUAAUUUUUGAUUAAACGAAUUGUUAAUAUGUUUUUUCUCUUGCUGAAGGAACAUUACUACUAUUACUCUUUGUAGCUUCUCACUAAGAAAUAUGGAAUAAGGUCUUCAAAUUUAUUUGUAAAGAUAAGCUAUAUCCUUAUGUGAAACUUGAGCAGUAGAACACACUUUGCAUAAAGUGUCGUGGCAUUA